UUUCACAAGGAAAGUGCAUAUCGAAGCAAUAUACCCGGAAUCUAAUUCUUCAUCCAUCCAAAAGCUUCAAUCCCAUAAAUUCUCAUGAAAACUUGCCAAUUCGAUGCUCAACUUGUUUAAAGUUCCAUUUUUUCUUCCAAAAAAACUGAUAAUCACAGUGCAAAAACACAUUCCCAGUUGGUACAUCUUGGUUUGGAGGAUCUGAAGACAGUGAUUUCAAUGUUGGGUUCACUGGGUUUAUACGCUUCGCUGAGUACGCACAAUAGUUCUGUAAAGUUCAAAUCUUCUGCUGAAAGAGACCGACUAUGUUGGGGAAUGAAGUUCUCAAAGGCAAACCCACCAAGAACUCUGCAGUGCAAGCGUGAGUUAGUUGAUUUUGAAGAGAGAAAUAGCCCAAAUGAGGUCAGAAAAGAAAUUGCACGAUGUUAUGAACUCAUACAAAGACUUGGGAGGGGAGCUGUGUAUUUAGGUUCUUCAAGGAUGGGACCCAAUACUUCACAUUACUUGCAAGCGCGGGAGUUGUCUCGAGAGGUUGCAGAACUUUUAGAUUGUACCACAUGGACAGGGGCUGGACCGGGGCUAAUGGAUGCCACGAUUAAAGGUGCUCUUCUAGCAGGAAAGAAAGUUGGUGGAUUCAAGAUAGGAAGAGAAGCUGGUGAAUGGACGGCCUCGAAUUUUCAUCCAUACCUGCCUUCUGAAACUUAUCUCACAUGCAGGUUUUUCUCUGCAAGAAAACAUGGUUUGGUGGAUGCUGCAGUUCGUAAUAGUAAUUCUGACAAGACUGCUGUGAUUGCUCUUCCUGGUGGUAUUGGUACUCUAGACGAGAUGUUUGAGAUCUUAGCAUUGAUUCAGCUCGAAAGGAUUGGAUCUGACCUGCCUGUUCCCUUCCUGGUGAUGAACUAUGACUCAUUUUAUUGUAAGCUAUUAGACUUUCUGGAUGAUUGUGAGGACUGGGGUACCAUCUCCAAAGGGGAGAUUGCUUCGCUGUGGAACAUCUGCAACAACAACGAUGAAGCUCUGGCAUAUUUGGCCAAAUUCUACGAUCUUCCAUAUGGUGACAAAGUCACACACGAAAGUAACACGAGAAGUGCACAUUGAACAUGUUUCUAAGUUCGUUCCGGGAUCAUUUUCUUGAGUGAUUUCUUUAAGAUUUCAACUCAAUCAGUCUUAUUUUUCAGUUUCUUAUGUGCCGUGGAGAUUUAGAUCACAGACGGAGCUUGUUAGUCUCAUUUGUAUUUGUUCUUGCUGAUCUCCUAUCACCAACAAGAAUACGAGACAGGUCCAUGGAUGGUCCCUGCGGGGCAAGAGUACGCCCAAUACUCAAUAGGCAUUAGACAAGAACUUCUAUUGAUGUACCUAUUUUGAUUCAUAAUAACAUUUCUUGUUAUUCA